ACAUCUACUGACGAGAGCCACGAACCUGUACUACUGGACUGCUGGCAGAUGAUUGUUUCCACAGCACAAGCUGAUGCUACCUUGAAUAUAAAACCUGGCCUUCAUCUGGUAUAUAAUUUUAGAGAAAUAAUGAGAGAAGGACGAGCUCCGAGUCUGCCCAUCCUCUACACCAAGGGCAGCCAUUUUGACGUGGGUUACGCGACAGGAACUACGUUCUCUGACCGCAUCCGGCGUUACAUGCAGGACGAUGCGAUCGCAAGCCAGCCAGCUCGUCAGUUGUACGAGUCACGUGACGGACGCGAGUUGUGUGACGUACUUCGAAAGAAAGGAGAAGACAACUUUCCGCUGUACGCGGCUGAGAUUCGCGGACUUGCAGCAGGCGUUGGAGUGUCUUACGAAGAAAUGUUCCUCCAAAACUCAGUUCUGGACAUCAUGAACAUGGAUGAGUUUGUUGUUCUGGAUCUCCUAGGCAAGACGGUUCCUCUGACACGACUGUUAGAGCGCUGCAGCACCGUCCUCCUGAACAGACCCGACGUUAAGGUCAUAGGUCACAACGAGGACGACUACACGGCACUGCAGCAAUACGGUUACAUGGUCUCCGCUGUUGUCGACGAUCCUGACUUUCCUUCCAUCCUACAGGGACAGGGAGCCAACGGCUACGAUGACACUGCAGAAGGUCUUUCUGAAGACAAAUGCACAUCCAGCAGAGUGGAGAGGUUCACAGCCUACUGCUACCCGGGACUGCUACCCGGCGUGGCCUUCAGCUUCAACGACCACGGGUUGGUUUUCUGUAUCAACUCGCAGACCACCGACACCAUAUUUUGCGGCGCUCCAAACGCUUGCAUUACGCGCAGUCUUCUGGGCGCAGCUUCCGUUGAACAGUGUCGCCAUCUACUGGAGAACAGACGGCGAGGUGGAGGGAGCGUUGGGUUCAGUAUCAACAUUGCGGACGUGAAGUCUCCUGAUGUUCUGUGGUCGGCUGAGGUCCAACCAGGUCUCCAUGGCAACAAAGUGCACAUGCACCCUGUAGUGGAAGCCGCCUUUGGUGACAUGGAGGACAACGGCUGCUAUUUUCAGACCAACACCUAUCAGCAUCUCUCAAACUCCAACAAGCUCUAUUCCCAUUUGCAGCGCCCUCUAGCGAGGAGCAGUCGCGCUAAAGAAAUGUUUCCCUGCGCUGACGAGCACGACGUGCUCCGAGUGCUAGGAGACACGCAAAGCAAUGACGAGUUUGUCAUUUUCCGUAGACCUAGUAGCAGUGGUGAGGUGACCACAUGCACGACUGCGCUGUUUGACGUCAAAGGGAAGCGACUGGACUUAUAUGUGGAUAACCCAAAGAGUAGUCUACCUUUAAUGUCACUGCCUAUCCAAGUAGAGCGUACAAAUCACAGUUCUGAGAUGUGAGGGGCGCUACAGUUUAGAUGUACAGCUCGAACAGUUAAUUAUUUCUUAUCUUCAAAGAAUAUAUUAACCAAGAAGGUCUAAGCCUUGGAUCACAUAUUUGCUUCCCUAGACACCAUACGCAGAUUAAAAAAAUGUCAUUAAAAGCAACAAAAUGAAAUUUAAAAAAUCGCGAUUUCUCCUUUGAACUAUGUGUGUAUUACAACUAAGAACCUGGGUUAUCGGUAACGGUUAUCCCACACACUAUCACUGCUAAUAACCGACUCGAUAUCAAAAAUAUAAAUUAGUAUAAUUAAAGACAUCGUUGUAUCUGGUGUAAACGUGACUUCAUCUUUCAACAGAAAAGCUUCAGAAUGUAAACUGAAAGAUUACGAGGAAUAAAUGAACAGAAAAAGUCAUCUCGUGCAUGCUUCCUUUUCCAGUGUGAUUUACUUGUAAACAAAAGUUUCCUCAGGAUGCAUCUUUAUAAAGAUAACAA